AUGGUGGACGUCCUGGGCGGCCGGCGUCUGCUGACCCGCGACGGCGCGUGGGUGGAGGCCGAGGCCGCGCUGCAGAACAAGGUGGUGGCGCUGUACUUCGCCGCGGGCCGGUGCGCGUCCAGCCGCGACUUCGCGCCGCUGCUCUGUCGCUUCUACGCCGAGCUGGUGGCCGAGGCGCGGUCCGCCGCGCCCUUCGAGGUGGUGUUCGUGUCGGCCGACGGCAGCGAACGGGAAAUGCUGGACUUCAUGCGCGAGCUGCACGGCGCCUGGCUGGCGCUGCCCUUCCACGACCCCCUCCGGCACGAGCUGAGGACCAGGUACCACAUCUCGGUCACCCCCAGGCUGGUGGUUGUGAAACCGAGCGGGGAGGUCAUCACCGACAAAGGGCGGAAGCAGGUCCGCGAGCGGGGUCUGGCCUGCUUCCAGAACUGGGUGCAGGCCGCCAACAUCUUUCAGAAUUUCUCCGGAUGACAUGGGGGGGUUCCAGGCCCGGUCAGGUGCGCGAGCACGGGAGAAGGGGAGUGGGCUGGUUUCCAAUCUCUGCCCGCCCCAGGGGAGCUCAUGUCGCAGCAGAGGUGAAAACAGCGCCCAGGAAGAGUGCCCUCCCACAGCCUACGAGGAGUUACUGUGAUUAUUCUUAGCAUAGCUUUCUCUGCGGGAGCUUGCGCAGGUUCACGUCGAGCUCCUGGAAAUCUGUGGAAACAUGUAUUUAUACCCGCUGUUCAGGUGAGAUAAUAUAUUUAUUGAUGCGUCUUCUGGAGCUCUGUUUAUGUUGGUGAUUUGCUCUCACCCCUGCAUUUAUUACUGAGGUUUGCAGA